CCGCUCACAGACAUGCGCUGACAUGUUCUGUCCGUCCACGUGCAUGUGCUGCAGUUUGUCCAUCUGAAGAUAUGACGGAUCUGACAGAGUCAUGGCAUCUGUUCGCAGUAGAGCGCCAGUAUCGGGUCAACUUAAUAACUACAGGUUCUUAUGUAAAAGAGCCUUGAAGAUCAGAGCCUUAGAGUCCAACAGAACCAAGAAGAGACACCAGAACUGGGACAGAACUGACGACAUGAAACGCAAACAGAACCUCCACUGCAACGGGAAAACCCUGCAGCCAGAGGUUCUGGUUAAAAGGACUAAACUGACCCGGCAGAGUCUGGGACAGGCCGUUCCUGGGUCCGGACCGGUUCUUCUGCAACCGUCUGACCCGAGGCCCGAGUCGGAGCGCUGGGAGGCCGACAGCGGCUUCUCGUCCGAGGCCAGUCCCCCGUCGAGCGGGCGGAGCUCACCUUCCCCGUGCCCCACCCUGGUGGUGGCGUUGGACUGCGAGAUGGUCGGAACCGGACCAAGGGGCCGCCACAGCGAACUGGCCCGCUGCAGCGUCCUCGAUUACCACGGCAACGUUCUCUACGAUAAAUACGUCCGACCGAGCAGACCAGUCACCGACUACAGGACGAGGUGGAGCGGAAUCAAGAGACAUCACCUGACCAACGCCACGCCGUUUGACCAAGCCCGAAACGAGGUCCUGUCUCUCCUUGAGGGGAAGGUGGUCGUCGGUCACUCCGUCUACAAUGACUUCGAGGCUCUGGACAUCGUCCACCCGUGUCACAUGGUCAGAGACACGUGUACGACCCGCCUCCUCAGCCGAUUGGCUGGUUUCCCCCGAGGACACUGCCCCUCCCUCAGGGUCCUGGCCAAUAAGCUGCUGAACAGAUGCAUACAGGUGGGUGGGCGUGGACACUGCUCGGUCCAGGACGCUCAGGCAGCUCUGGAUCUGUACAAACUGGUGGAGGGGGAAUGGGAACAGGAAAUGCAGCUCACCCUCCGAGAUGGCGCUGAGCCGCUGCCCAGCUUCGCCUCGUCCGACCACUACAUGCACGAUGAAUACUGGCCAUGUGACCUGACGGACCAAUCAGAGGACAGACUGUGAAAUACUAGUGGAGUUUAUCAGUAAUGUGAACUAAGAUCCAAUGGAUUGAAUGAGUUUAAAGCAAACAUGACUAACUUAUUAACUUGAAGUGUGUUUUUUGCUGUGUUUCCUGUACAGAUGAACAGAUGUUCACAUCAGGACACAAUGACAGGAUGUAUUUAUUAGAACUGUCAAAAUUAAUGCAGAUUAAUCCAUCAUCAUGAUUAAUCUGGUUUAAAAAAAUGUAUGCAGUUAACCCAUCUACAGCAGAAUGACUGAGCGUCUGCUCCAACACAUUUGGGUCAGUUUGUCCAGUAGAGUUGGAGUUAAUGCACAAAUGGUCAGCUGAUCCAGUAGUGACAGGAAGCAGAACCAAGUUAUUUGUUGUUUCAAGUUGUUUUGUUGAAACUGUUGAAGGUGUUGAAUAAACAAGUGCA